AUGCAUUUCUCCAACGCUGCAGUUUUGCUUGCAUUCUCCACUAUCAGCGUCUAUGCCGCUCCUUUUGCCAAUCCGCAAGACGAAUUCAACCGUCGUCAGAUAGGCUACCAGGUUGUCAAUGUUGAUGGCGACUCGAACGGCUCUGCUGUCCCCGAGGUCGAAACUGUGACCAAGACUGCCACCGUCGCCGGCGCUUCUGCUGUGCCUGAAACCAUCACAGUGACUGCCACUCCUUCCCACAUGCCCUACUCGCCUCUGCCAUCCUCGUCUUUUUCUGCUAGUUCGCACUUGGCUCCUCCUCCAGGUGGAUCUUUCAUGCCUGCCAAGAGCAAUGGCUUUCUCCGCCGUGGCCUGAACGCCGCAGGCAAUCCAGUUCAAUUCGCACAGAACUAUCUCCCAUCUUCCAGUUCUGCCUGGUCUGCUGCUGGCACCUCCCUGGCUGUCCGACAGGCUGAUGGAUGGUACACUCCCUCUUACACUCCUUCUUUCACUCCCUCGGCUACACCAUCGGCCUCUCCUCUGGUUGCUCGACAGUUUGGAAGCUGGGUCCACAGCGCUCCGGUGCCUUCCUCCCCAAGUCUUGUGCCCACUCCAUCUCCCUCUGGGUCUCUGGUUGCUCGGCAAUUUGGUAGCUGGACCCCCAGCUCUGUCCCCGCCUCCUCUGCUACUCCCAGUGUGAGCCCCUCCGCAUAUGUGUAUGCUCGGGGUUACAGCGCCGCUCCUUGGGGCACUCCCUCUGCCUUCCCUUCUUUCUCUGCCUCGCCUACGCCAUUGGCCUCUCUGGUUGCUCCUCGUCAGUUUGGCAACUGGGUCCCCAAUGCUCCGGUGCCUUCUUCCCCAAGCUCCGUGCCCACUCCUAGCUCCGUGCCUACUCCCUCUGGCUCUCUGGUGGCUCGUCAGUUUGGCGGUUGGAGCCCUAGCUCUGUCCCCACCCCCUCUGGCACUCCUCCCUCUGGCACUCCUGUUGCAUCCACAUCUUUCCCGGUCAAGCGCAACUUCGACAACCACUUUACUCCCUCCAGCGCUCCGACUCCCACACCUAGCGCCAGCUUCUCCAUCCCUCGCUCCUCCGCUCUGCUUUACUAA